AUGGUACAACCAGUAAUUACGUCCCUUUUGGACACUGAUUUGUACAAGUUGUCCAUGCAAGCAGCUGUUUUCCAGCACUACAAAGAUGUUCCAGUGAAGUAUAAGUACACCAAUAGAACUCCACAGAUGGUAUUGAGCAAGGAUGCCAUUGAGUGGUUGAAAGAGCAAAUUAGUCUUUUAGGAGACUUGCGUUUCACCGAGGACGAGUUGAAAUACAUGUCUGAAAAGAUUCCAGUGCUUCCAGCUGACUAUAUUGCAGGAUUGAAGGACUUCAAAUUGGAGCCUUCUAAGCAAGUGAUUUACGCCAACGACAAAUCGGAUGUUAAGGAUUUCGAAUUGACCGUGGAAGGUGCUUGGUUUGAUACCAUUUUGUACGAGAUUCCUAUUUUGGCGCUCGUGUCAGAGGCAUAUUUCAGAUUCGUGGACACCGAAUGGGACUACGAAGGACAAGAGGAACUUGCAACCAAGAAGGGCCAGGAACUCUUAGAUGGAGAAUGUGUGUUCAGUGAAUUCGGUACCAGAAGAAGAAGAUCGUUCAAAACCCAGGAUCUUGUGGUGGAUGCGCUCGUAAAGGUAUCUAAACUGUCACCAAAUGGCAAAUUUUUCUCUGGAACUUCGAAUGUGUACCUAGCCAAGAAGUAUAAUGUUGCUCCAAUUGGAACAAUUGCUCAUGAAUGGUUUAUGGGUGUGGCAUCUAUCACCCAGGACUAUGUUAGUGCUAACAAGAUAGCCAUGGACCGCUGGAUCGAGACCUUCCCUAAAGCCCCAGGUCUUGCACUCACUGAUACUUUCGGAACUGAAUCUUACUUGCGUGUCUUCGAGAAACCUUACACUGACCUAUACGCUGGCGUUAGACAGGACUCCGGCGACCCUGAGGCGUACGCCGAAAAGCUUGCAGAACACUACAAGAAGUUGGGCUACCCUGAGAAGUCGAAGACGAUCUGCUUCUCUGAUUCAUUGAACAUCGAAAAGUGCAAGCAGUACAAGGCCAAGGGUGAGUCUGUGGGUUUCAAAGUGAUCUUUGGCAUUGGUACCUACUUCACUAAUGACUUCGAAAGCAACGUUACCCACGAGAAAUCACACCCUCUUAAUAUCGUGAUCAAGCUCACAGAAGCGGAUCAUGAGCCCUCCAUCAAAAUCAGCGACAAUAUCGGCAAAAACAUGGGAAAGCCCGAAGUCGUUGAGAGGGUCAAGACCGAAUUAGGAUACAAAGAAGCAGAAUGGGCCGAAGGCGAUGAAGCUCGCAGAUGGUGA